AUUAUUCUUACAAAUGUACGUAAAUGGCUGACAAAAAUUGGGAGGCCUGGGCCUUCAACGAGCUGUCUAAAAGAGGAGGAAGGAGGAGGAGGAGAAGGUGUAGAGCUGCCAAAAAGAACUUGCAGAAGCAUAACAUGCCAGGAGAAACAGCGAAACUUUGAAAUGGCUUUUCAAUUUCAGGGACUUCCCCCCUUUUUGUACUUUGACACUUUGCCAAUUAACACUUUCCUGGUUACCAAUUGCCAUUUUGUUUACGGAGGAGCACCAAGCCGCUCCUUCCCCGAACCAAUGUUGGAAGGAGUACGUGGAGGAUCCACACAGAGCGAGCAUUCGCCUCUUUUGGGCAAUUAUCCUGUCAGGAAACGUGGACAAAACGCAACGCAACGCCACCGAACGCAGGUAGCAAAACAAAAUGCCAGCAAAAACAAACGGUGGGUCAUUAACAGGCGCCAGCAGCAGCAGCAACCCCGUUUCCGGAGCACACAGAACCAACCGAAAAAAGUGACAGGUUAGCGGCACUUUCAGGAGAGAGCCUGAAUCGUAGCCUGAAAAAUCAGGAAAAAGUGUGCAUUGUUCAGAACGAAAAUAGCGGCCAAAGCGCGAGGCCAUGAGCCAGCACCAGCAUGGACAUACCGGAAACUGUAUCUGUGCGCAAGUUUCGCGAAUUUACGGCGCGCCAGAAACAGGAGCUGUACGAGACGCUACUGGAGUUGGCCGAGACGCUCGAGGAGCUGCCCCGAAAGUCCUUACGCAAGACACUAGAAUUGACGCUGGCCGUGCUGGAGUACAAGGGCGAGCAGGCGGCCCAACUACUAGAACAGGGUGGCAGUGGCGGACGGCUGCAGGGCGAGAACGAGAAGCUCAAGCGAAUGCUUCAGAGGCUGGAGGAUGAGCGCGAUGGUUUGAAAAGUAAAACAAAGGAGUUGGGGGAAGAGAUCAGGCAGCUAGAGCUGCGCCUCAGGGAGGCUGCCCAGCAAGCAGAGGCAAGCGACAAGGACUCGUCCGAUCCGCUUUCCGAGCUGGACAAACAGGACACGCUGCUGCAGAACAUCGACACCAAGAAUAAGCACAUCAAGCGGCUGCUAAAAGAGAUUGAGACGCUUCAGAACCAGAACAUUAGUCAAUCCAAAACGAUAGUCGUCCAGGAGCGUGAGCUGCAGAGCAUCAAGACCAAUCUUCUCCAGCUGAGCGAGGACAUCACGGAGGUGGAGCAGGAGCGCAAAUCGCUCAGGGAAAAGGAGCAACAGCAGUGCCUGGAAAUCACACGACUCGAGGGCAAUGUCACCUUUCUCGAAGUGGAGCGCGAGAAGCAUGAGAAUGAGAUGCGUCAGUUCCUCGAAAAGUACGAGACCCAGUGCCUCAGCUGGAAGAAAGCCCUGCACGACAAGGAAAAAGAGGUGGAACGACUAACAAAACAGUUGGCCACGGGCAAGAACACUCUAGCUGCCAGCACAAAGAUCAGCCACAGCAAACAGGAUGAGGAGAAAAUGCAGUUGCGAAACAUCCUCGAGACCCGCGAGAAGCACAUUGAAAAGCUAGAAGCAAGGCUCAAGUCCAUGGCCGAAGAAAUGAUUAGCUCUACGAAGGUGAUGAAGAAGCUUACCGAAGAACGAGAACGCUUUCAAAAUCCGGAACAGCCGCGUGCCUGCUGCCAGAUGAUCGAGGAACGCCUCGCGGUGACGCAAGCCCGUGUCCAACAGCUCUCCGAGAUGCUGGACGCCUCCGAGCAGGAUAAUGUGGUGAAGGCCAAGCAGGCAAUGCAUGCUCUGAGUGCUCUCGAAUCGUACAAGCGUGAAGAGGAUGGCCUCUUGCCGGCGCUGCGUCGCAGCGCGAGCCUCGAACAGAAGCUGGCGGAGCGCGAAAAGCAGCUGCGAGGCUAUGUCCAGGAGCUCAAUUCCCUCAACGAAGUGAUGCAGGAAAACGAGCUGUUGCGUCGCCGACUGAACAUUCCCGAAGACGUGGUGGUUCUGGCCAAGAAUACGCGCGCCAAGCAGCGCAACAAGGACAAGCAGAUCGAAAGACUGAUGCUGAAGCUGCGUACCUCAGAGGAACUGCGUCUGCAGCUGAAGCUGGAAAAGAGCGAACUAAGGCGAAAGCUAUUGGAACUAAAUCGCGGAGAGCCCCUUGUGUUGGAUGAUGUUCUGCGACAGGUCAGUGAGGUGGGGGAAUUGCCCUCCAGUACGCCCGUGGAAAAAUCCCCACGACGCGGACAGGGAGACGGUGCAGCCAGCACAGAGAUGCAGAGCAGAUACGAUGAAGUCCUGGCCGAAAACGAAACGCUGCGCAUGGGAAUGUACGAGAUCUUGGAGAAGCUGCGCGAGUACGAUGGUAAGAGCUCGGAAUAUGUCCUUGACACCCUCCCUUCCAUACUCUCCAUUACAGCCACUUCCGAGCACAUUACCAUAGAUUCAGAGCUGCUACGACGACUCAUCGAAGCUUUGCCCAGUGGCAUUUCCACGCCCCAACGUCUACAGGGGCAGCUGUUGGAGCUAAAGGCACGCGAAGAGGCUUUGCGUCAGUUGCUCCUGCAGCAAAAUGGCAGCGACUCGGAGACGGGAGAGCUCUCCUCUGUCCAAAGUUUAUGCGAUGUCCCAGAGAUGCCAGAGGAGGAGCAUCAGGAGGAGCAUCCGAAGGAGCAGGACGAGGCUCUUCCAGCUAUCAACACUGCCACGCGUCCUAGCACGCCCACUGAAGCAACCAUUGGACUCCAACGCCCCCUCAUCACGAAUAUGGAAGAGGAAGAGGCUCCCAAGUCAGAGCAGCUGCUGGAACUUUCCCUCCUGCGAAAGCAUUAUGAAGAGCUGCGUCUGCACAUGAGCGCCGAUGGCAACCAGCUGCUGAACCACAAUCAGCAACUGCACGAGCAAGUGCUCAGCUUAGAGCUGCAACUGGAGAAGAAUAGCAGUUCCUAUGGUUAUAUGCGGCAGGAAUAUGAUCAAUUACUCACCGAAUCCCGGCGCCAGGAGCUGCGCUUUAUCGAAGAUAAGUCCGUGCUGAUGCGGCAACAGAAGCAAACACAGGCCGAGUUAUCCGCCGCUCGGGAUCAAUUGGAAGAUGUACAUCGCCGGCACUUGUACACAGCCGAGGAACACCAGCAGCUGGAGCAACGGAAUGCCAUCUUGUGUAUGCAGCUGGGCCAGGCCACGGAGCAGCUCCUGGGCGAACUGAAACUGCCAGACAUCUGUGCCGAGUAUGGCAUUAUUGGGGACAACUAUCAACUGGACUACGUGACAGCCAAGGAGUACGAACAGCAGCGGCAGGAACUGGCCUCCUGGCGAGGAAAGCAAGCGGAAUUGCAGCGGGAGACAAAGCAACUGGAAGGUCUCCUAUCAGUGGCCAAUGGGCAAAUACAUUCGCAGCAAAAGCUUCUGAAUGAUAUCACCGACAAUCACAUCAGUCUGCGGCAUUUGGUGGCCGAUCUCCAGAGCAGCUCUAAUGAGAAGCUAAUGCUGGCCAAAGUCCAACGAGAUUUAGAUAGUGUCAAAGCAGAGGUCUCCCGCUUGGAGGCGGAGCGGGAACAAAUCCAGCUAAAGGCAGACGGUCUGCAAUCCCAACUGGAGGCUACUGAGCGUUCGAUGGCGCAGGCACAACAGGACUUCCAGCUAGAGCUCAGCAAUAGUGAAAUCAAACAAAAAUUCCUACAGCAUUCGCUGUUUGCACUGAAAGAGAAAUAUGCCAAAUUUACACCAUUGAUCUUCCUCACCAACUUUGUGUUUGCCUACCAUAAGUUCCAGCAGCGUUUGGUGGAGCACCAGCAGCAGCAGAAGGCAGACCACUCGGCAGCUAUCCGAGAGGCCCUGGAGUCAGUACAAUCAAAGGUUACGCCCCAGGAGGAUAGCUCCAAGCAGUUGAUCAAGCUUAUCAAGUCUGAAACUCAAUCGAGAUUGCUGGAGCAGCGAUGCGAGAGCCUGCAAACGAAGCUGGAGGAGGUCCAGCGGGAGCUGUCCGAGCUGAGGGUGCGACAAUCUACAGAUUCGGAGCACUGGCAGACCAUACACGCUCUGUUCGGUGAACAGGGCACUGGGGAGACGACUCCCCGUGCCACAGUGGAGGCUGCCACCAAUACGGGGACAGCGGAUCCAGCCACCAAUACGGAGGCAGAGGUGGCUGCUGUUCCGGCCAUGCGAAGAGCAGCCCAACUAAUAGAUAGGCAAUCCUCGCCCAUUGGCUCGCCCCGCAGACGCCAUCCUCACUCGGACACGUCCACCCAAACGCAGGAGCCUGUAAAGCUGCUGGAGACUGCAGUCCAGACGAAUGCCAUCCGCACGCAGCAGCAUCAAGCGGUUCAAACAUCAGGGGAGAGCAGAAGGGGCUCUCGUCAGGAUCUGCAGGAAAUGCAAGCAUCACUCCUGGAGGCUAACGAACGCUGCGAGCUACUGCGUAAGCAAUUGGAGGCAUCUAAGGCGGAGAGCCGCGAGCCCGAGAGUCCUCACAGCGGUGUCGUUGAAAAGACUAUACUUUCCUUCCACACACUACUCCUGGAAAAGGAUAAGUCUAUACAGAAGUUCCAGGAUCUACUGCAAACUGAACGGGAACAGAGCCAGCAGUUGAUUAGCAAACAGACAGCCGAAAACGAAUCCCUCAGGGCCACAGUAAACAAUCUGAACUUUAACAUCAAGACAAAGGAUGUGGAGAUCAUGGAGCUGCGAAACAAGCUGGAGCAGCGACCUAAGCAGCCAGUGGCAGUAGACUCCGCGAGUGCAGAGCCAUCGGUCCAUGACCUCACCGACGAGAAGAUCGAAGAAAUGUUCGAGGACAGCAGCUCCCCAGAGCGGCCUGCGGAGGAGGAAGCGGAGGAGGAAGCGCAGGGGGAAGCGCAGGAGGAAGCGCAGGAGGAAGCGCAGGAGGAAGCGCAGGAGGAAGCGCAGGAGGAAGCGCAGGAGGAAGCAAUCGACGAAGAUGACGAGGUGAUGGUAGUGGAAGUACCAGACCACGAGCCAGAAGGAGAGCAGGAGAAGCAGGACACAGAAGAGCUCAAGGAACUGCCAACGCUGCAUAAGCAGAUCAAGGAGCUAAAGGAAAAGCUGGAAUACAUCAAAAAAAGCCUGAAAGCAAGGGAAUUGGAAGUGAAAAAAUUAAAGGACAAGUUAAAAGUCGUGAAGAAACACGAAAAGGCCUUGGAGAGAAAAAAUCCCGAUGUAGAUGAAUUACGCGGCUUCAUAGUGGAGAAAGAUAGGCAUAUAAAGGAGCUACUGGAAACAAUGCAAAACUUCCAUGAAGAUCAGCAGAGGUACCUCAAGGAAAGUUCCCACUACUCGGAGGAGCAGAUGGGGAAGCUGUCUGCCGAUCUCAGUCGGACAAAGGCCACCAACAAGAUCUACCACACGCAAGUGGAGGCCCUGCGCCGACAGUUGACGAUUAUCACACAGCGCGAGAAGCAGGCCCGAGAACUCACACAGUCGCUGCGCCAGCAACUAGUCAAGCGGCCCGUGGUCUCCAUUAAGACGGAGCUCAAUGCGCGAGUGAAGAACGAGAACCAGCAAAAGCGCAUCCAGCAGCUGGAGGCGGAGCUGGACGAUACUCGCGACCAAAUGCAGCGCCAGCAAAAGAUUCUAGAAACGCAGCGUACGCGCAGCGCAAAUGAGGUGGGUCUCUGGGAGAAGCAAAAGCGCUGGCAGCAGCAGGCCGACAAGUACAAGGCCAAGCUGGAAGAAACGGAGAUGGCGCUGGAAAAGUCGCGGGCCCUGCUGCAGGCGGCGCGCACAACGAUUGCCAGGCUGGAGAAGGAUAAGCAUCUGCUAGAGACCAAAGUGGCGCGCGGAGGACCAACGAGUGCUCCGAACAAUCCCCUCAAGUGCUGUCGCACUCCUUCGUGUCCCAACCUGCAGCACGUGGGCGUGAACAAGUUCUCGUGUUCUCCGUCGGAGAGCCCCGAGACAUACACAGGGCCCAGUAGCGAGUGCAGUUCGCCAGCGCAUCAUCCCCAGCCGCAGGAUAACCACGACUUCUACGAUGGGAGCAAGUUGGACCUUAUCGAGGCCCUGAAGAACCGCAUUGAACUGCAGCAGCGCAAGAUUAUUGCCAUGGAGCUGGAGGGCCGGGGUAGUAAUGCUCUCACCACAGAACUUGAGAAACUUCAGGAGCGGUUCCAGGGCGUAGAGGCUCAGAACAUACGGAUGGAGGCAAGGAAUCUCCAGUUGCAGCUGGAAUCGGAUCUUCUGCGGCAGAACGACAGCACCGAUAGACUGCAGAAACGUAUCAAACACUUGGAGGAUUACAUUUUCGCCCUCAAGGAGGAAAUGGCACGCAACGAGUCGAGGCGGGAGCUCUGCAAGUGCAGCGGCCUCAAGGUGAAUACCCAACAGGGCCAGUCGGCAGAGCACACUAUUCUCUCGCUGCGCAAUCUCGUGGAGAAACUGCGAUCUGAGAAUAAGUUCCUCAAAGACGGGAGGCGCUCGAGCGAGUCACGCAGCUCAGUAGACUCUUCGGCCACACCUUCAGACGUGGCCCAGUGGCAACAGCAGCAUGCGGAGUCUAUGCAGAAGAUUUCUGGUCUGCAGCAAGAGCUCCAGAAGCGGAGCAAGUGCAGCCAAUGCAGCGGAUGCAGUAAGGACGCCACCAACGGGGAACUGAAAUUCAUCAAGGAACAACUCACGAAGAAGACGGAGCUGUUGGAAAAGGCCAAAAUUCUACUUACGCGCGCGGCUGCUAAGGAAAAGGUGCUGCGGGAACAGCUCGUAAUGUGGAAGCGCAAAUGCUCCGAGCUGGCGAAUGUGCCCGUCAUCGAUGAGAUUAGCGAAUAAUUAACGAUUAAGUUGAUGUUGUAAAUACAGCACAAAAUAAAACAUCCGAUAUUUUUU